AUGUGGGUAAUCUUCUACCACUUGGCAAUGGUUGAAAAUUGCGGCGUUGUGAGCUACAGCGUUGUGGACGGCGUGGAACGUGACCCUGGACUGCUCCUGGCCGAUGACACCUACGACGGGUCACGCGGCCUGGGUCCUCUGCAGCGGGGACUCGGCCAGCUGUAUGACGGUCAGCUUGGGGCGCCGCUCACACACGGACAGCUGCAGGCGUAUGGGCGGGGCAAGGGCUGGGAGUGGGUUGGCUGGUCCCUCGAGCAGUUACAGGGCGAGCCUCUCCACCUCACCUUCACCUUCGACACCAUGAGGAACUUCUCUGCCUUGGCGCUGCACGUGUUCGUCGAGACCCAGCACGACUUCCAGGUCCCCUCCAAGGCCGAGGUGUACUUUGGUGAGGACGGCGCGAUGUUCCACGAGAAGCCGCUCACCGCCACCUCGCCCUGGUCCGACGCCCUCAGCCCCGGCGUGCAUAACCUCACCUUGGACCUUCGCCACCGCCCGGGCCGCGUGCUGAGGCUGCUCCUGUACUUCCCGGGUCCCUGGCUGGCCGUGAGUGAGCUAUACUUCGACAGCGAACCUUGUCAGUGUAACCUCACGGACUGGGCGGACGGGAAAACCACCUCGCCCGCCGAACACGUAGCCGGGCGGGAGGAUGACCCAACUCACGAUGUCUCCACGGUCUCCGCCGCCCACGCCCACACCCGAGCGUUCAUGGGCGUGGUGGUAGGCUUCGUGGUCGUCGUCUUCCUCCUCGUAGCAGCUGGACUCCUCAUCUACGUCAGGAGGCUAAGAAAGAAGAAGUCCUCACCGCAUGCUUUGAAGUCCCCGCCCUCUGAAACUGCAAGUACCACCUUCGAUCUCAAGUCAAUUCGCCUUCCGCAGAGCUUCUCCGGCGCUAGUACGAGCUCAAACGUUGGUGCUCUCUAUGGCCCUGCAGCGGUGCCAGGCGAGGAGGGGUCCCUGUACCAUGAGCCCUACAAAACACCGCUCUUCAGUGCCUCCCAGUACAGCGUGGCGACCAUCGGGAGACAUCUUAGUGAUCAUAGCAGGGAUGGUACCGCGACGCCCGCCCGACGGAGUGCUAGCGGGCUCGUCGGCGGGGAGUACGCGCUGCCUAUCCUCAAGACGCCGCCCCCUGUGCUUGACUCCGCGGGUUCGCACUACACGACGACGCUGCCCUACUCGCAUUCCACUCCGCACUCCACCUACGCCUCCUUCAGCCCCGCCCCCGCCCCCCCUUCCACGCUGCCCCCCGCAAGCCUCCCCUCCCUGGCAAGGUUAUCAGGCGCCCCCCCACCGCCCCCCCUACGGCAGCUUCCCACGGUCACACAGGCCGGGGUCAGCGUGGUGGGUGGCUGGGGGGCCUUAGACUCCAUCGGGGCGGCCAGGACUUGUGUGAAGCCGCGCAGCGCUCGCCAGACGCCGCGCCGCGCUCUGCACCGCCUCACCGAGUCUGACUAUGGCACGGUGCCGUGGGCCAGGCGGAGGGCAGCAGGUGUGAACGGGCUGCUGGUCAACUCUGGCACUGUUAACGGCAUUGGUGACCAUCUCGAGGAGCAGGUGACCUUCCGACCCCUGCCCUCGCCCACACCCCAACAGACGCAGAACCCAGGGCAUCGGUGGAGGGGGGAGGGGGAUGGCGGGAGGGAGUGGCGCCCCCCCAGACGGUCCCUCUCUCAAGACGCGGCCACGACUGUUGAAGGAUGAGGAAGGAGGAUGAGGGACAAGGAGGAGGAAGAGGAAGAGAUGUCGCAGCCCUGUUGACCUCACCCUUCGAAGGCAUAGCAGGAGCAGGCACCAAAACGCCCCUCCCCCCCCUUGUCCUGACGGCACAUCACUGAACCCUAACUGUUCCCCGCCGCCACCCGCCUCCACAGCCGCCAGUCAGCCGCCGCCGGUCUGCAGGUACUCGCUCCCUCACCACUGACCGCCCAAGAGGAUGGAUGGACAGGACAGGCUCAGUGGCAACAAGCAGGCGUUCCGACCACGAUAAGUGAAAUAAAAGUUUACAUUAACCCGGUAACAGCGAGGACCAAGUUUCUUAAGGGCCCCUCUAAGCAAGAAAAAUAAGAAAAAAAUCAUCACUCACACAAACCAUUUCAUAAUAUAUAUCAACGUGUGUGUUAGUGAGGUAUUUUGGCAUGCUAAUUUUUUCACACUUGUACAAAACACUGGAUAUCAUCACUGGUCCAUUUUUCACACUUGUACAAAACACUGGAUAUCAUCACUAGUCCAUUUUUCACACUUGUACAAAACACUGGAUAUCAUCACUAGUCCAUUUUUCACACUUGUACAAAACACUGGAUAUCAUCACUGUAGUCCAUUUUUCACACUUGUACAAAACACUGGAUAUCAUCACUGUAGUCCAUUUUUCACACUUGUACAAAACACUGGAUAUCAUCACUGUAGUCCAUUUUUCACACUUGUACAAAACACUGGAUAUCAUCACUAGUCCAUUUUUCACACUUGUACAAAACACUGGAUAUCAUCACUAGUCCAUUUUUCACACUUGUACAAAACACUGCAUAUCAUCACUAGUCCAUUCACUCCCUCCUGACAGUGGCAGGAUCUCUAAUCAGUUAGGUAAGGACACCACUGAUAGACUGUUGUUGGUGGGCGGGGCAUCAGACGUCUACAUCGCCUAACUCACAAGCCUAGGUUCAGAAAAUAUUCCUACCUCUUUACGUAGCUCUAACAGAUGAGCUAAGCAAAGACAUCAAUACUUUCUUAACCCUGUCUAGUGAGUGGGCAGUGAAGAUGUCAGACACCCUGCCCGUCAAGAGCCCAUCAACAGCGUCCAUACUUGCUUGACUAAGAGAUAAGAAUACAGGUAAAGUGAAUGGACUAAAAAGUAACAAAACCUGUCUUUUCUAAUGUGCUCUUAUAUUACAGGUGUUGCUGGUGAAAGAAGACAAGAGAAACUAUCCAUUACUCCUUACCUUACACUCGCACUGGGAAAUCCUCGGCAAGAGCUUGUGUGUUGCCUGGUCUUGGGGGCAACUGAUGGGGCCAAGUGGUGCAGGUUCCAUACUUCCAGGGCCCUCGUUCACCACUCCACUUCUUCCUCCAUUAUCACAAGUUGCCAAGAUCCAUGACAGAAGCUUCAAAUACCCUUCCUCUUCAGUUAGGAUUUGCUUGCAUCUUCGUCAGUGAGGAGAGCUUGGCUAGUGAAUAGAGUGGACGAGUAUUGGAGGAUGUCAGGAUAGGUAGAUUUGGGGUUCCUCUGCCAUCACCAUCACAGCUGUAUGUGUACCUGAAACAGAGGCAGAAGUGAGGGGAGGAAAAUUUGGAAAGUUUCGUUAAGUCGCUGCAACAUCUGUGGUCAUAUGCCGGAGAGAGACGGGAGGGGGAAGGAAUUAUAGGAGAAGGGAACAGACCCCAGGAGACAGGAAACAGCCAUUUUUUCUAGUCUGCACUGGGAAAGUCAGACUACACACCACGGGAAGAACAAGAAAAAAGUUGGAAGAGAAAAGCAACCCUCAGGACACUAAAUACAGGGUCUAUUCUCCCUUCUAAUUCAUUUCUUGUUCUUCCUGCAAUGUUGCCUGCCUUUCCCAGCGCAGACUAGAAGUGUGAAGAGAACUAUGGAAAGUUGAAGUGUACAGAGUUAAAUAGAAGUGUAGAGAUUCGAAGAGUAUAAACUAAAAUAAAGAAGUGUACAGAGUUAAAAAGAAGUGUAAGGAAUCGAAGAGUAUUAACAAAAAUAAAAUUAGUGUAAGGAAAUGGCUCUGUCCCAUGCAUCCCUUCUCCUCCUCUGAAUGCCUCAAUUGUGAAGAGUGUAGAAUCCUGUGUAUUACCUGUUGAUGUAUGAGAACAAUGAGAGUAAAUGAAAUGCCUAAUAAAUUAUAUGCUGCC